AUGCUUGACUGCGGUCUCUCCGGGCUGUCUCCACUUCGCGAGGGUCGCGCGCCCGCGGAGCCGCUGGGCGCCGCCUCGCUGACUGCGCCCCAGAGGCGCCCGCGCAGUCUUCGCUGCCGCCCCCCGGACGCUUCGCCUCCGCGCGCCGAAGGCUGCAGAGGCGCGGCCGCCGCUGAGUCUGCGGCGGCCUGUGGACUCCUCGCCGCGACCGCGGAGACAGCAGGCCGCGACGGAGACGGGCUGGCGAAGCUGCGGCGGUGGUGCUUUCGAGCGGGGGGGAGGGAGGCGAGGGUCGCGCGGCAGGGGGCGCCGUGCGCGCGGCGCGGAAGUGGCGGAGACAGGCUCUUGCCGGUCGUGCCGGCAGACGCCGCGGACGAGGUCAGUCCGCGGAGACCCGAGCGCCGCAGCUCAGCCGGCGCCUCGGCGGACAGCGCGCGAGAGGGAGUCACUUUCUCCUUUCGAGACGUCCAGUGCAGCGUUCCACAUGUGGGACCAGACGGGAAGAAGCAGCGUAAAACUAUCCUGCGGCCGAUCUCAGGUUCGAUCCCGCCGGGAAGCGUCGUCGGCAUCAUGGGGCCUUCGGGCAGCGGAAAGACGACUCUCCUCGAUGUGUUGGCGAACAAGAAGCUCCCCAGCGCGUACACGGGCGACGUCUUCGUAGAUGGGAAAAAGCGAGACGACAAAAGCUUCAAGGCGCUCUCCAUUUACGCUCCCCAGGAGAACAUUUUCAACGGGAACGAGGAAGUGUGGGAAGUCUUAGAUUUCGCCGCCUCUCUGAAAUCGGGCAGGUCGGCGGAGGACCGGAAGAAGCUUGUCGCCGCCACGCUCUCUUUCCUCGGCCUGGACCGCGUUGCGAAGCAGCGCGUAGGCAACACAGUCGUUCGCGGGAUCUCAGGCGGUCAGAAGCGGCGGCUGAUGAUCGGCCGCGCGCUGGUGACGCACGCGAGUCUCGCCUUCUGCGACGAACCGACCUCAGGGCUGAGUUCGACGGACGCGGAGUCGUUGAUGAUUGGCAUUCGGGAGGUUGCCAAGGCCUGCCAGGUGUCGUUUCUUGUCGUUAUCCAUCAGCCGCGCGUCGAGGUCUUCGAGAUGUUUGACGCGUUCAUUCUCCUCGCGAGCGGGCGCUGUCUCUACAACGGAACCAAGGCGCACAUGGAAGCGUACUUCUCGCAACUAGGCUAUCCUCUGCCCCCGUACGUUAAUCCCGCGGAGUUUUACAUGGAGCUCACGUCGUCGGAGGAGACUGUGGAGAAGCUUGCGACCGCGUACGCCUCCAGGCGCGCGAGCUUGGCCUCCAAGGGUCUCUCGACGCCGCGGCUCUCGAGCCAGGGCGAGGCCGCGGUCUCCUCGCCUCGAGGGUCUGCGGGCGGCCUCGGCGGGGUGCUGCUCGCGCCGGAGGACGCAGAGCCAAACGGCGCGCGGGGGGGAAGGGGCGGCAAAGCGCGGACGCGAGUCGAGCCUGCGCAAGGAGAUGGAAACCUAAAGGGGGCCGUAGAGGACGUGGCGGCGGAGCCCAGGAGACUGACCAUUGCGAGCUCUUUCGCUGGCACACAUGCACUCGUGCGCGCUCUGCAUCAGGAGCCCGGAUUCAAACACGCGCUCCCGAGGUUCUUGGGUCAGUUUUGGAUUCUCGCGCGGCGCAGCUUCACGCUUGCCUGGAGAGACCGGAAUGCCCUGCUCAUGAUGGCUGGCAAUGCUCUCCUCGUCGCCAUCCUCACGGCCGUUCUGUUUUCUAAAGUCUACCAAGAAAAGGCAAUAAUGUAUCAACUCUCUUCGCUCGUCCUCCUGUCGCUUUCACUGGCGAGCAUUCCUGCUGUGAACAUGACUCUCUACAUGGAAAAGAAGAUCACGUAUCUUUACGAAACGUCAGACGGUUUCUACAGCGCCGCUCCCUACCUUCUCGCUGAGAUGACUACGGGUUUCCUUUUGCUUUUCGGCGCGACCUUCCUUGCCCUGGCCAUUGUGAUUCCUUGCUGCGCCUUUCCUGCGUCCAAGUUCGGCCCCAUUCUUCUACUCUUCAUGCUCUUUCUUCUCGUCGUUGACGCGGUCAUGCAGUGUGGCGCGGCAGUCUGUCCGACGUACAUGAUGGCAAACACCUUCGCUGGUGGCUGGCUGGCGCUCUUCUCCGUGGUGAACGGCUACAACGCGAACCCCAAAUCUGUGCCUGUUUGGCUGACCUGGCUGGUGUAUCUCUCUCCCUUCUACUACUUGCUCGACGGAGUCGCGAUCAUUCUCUACUGGGACAAUGCAGACAUCUUCGGGAGCCCCGAGAAAGCAGCGAAGUUCGGCUAUGCGAGCUGCGAGGAGCUCUUGGAGGCUUACGGGUUUGCAGGCACGGCCUCAGGCAGCCGGCUCACACCUCCGCAGUGGCUGUGGAGCGUGGAUAUGCUUGUUUUACUGCUUAUGACUGUGGCGAUCAAAGCAUCUGCGUGUCUCUACCAGGCGUAUUUCGGCCGCCUUCGGCGGUAG